AUGAGUGUGAAAGGCAGAGUGAGUGUUACUCAGAGAAAGAGAAUGAGAGACAAUGUCGUUGAAAAGAGAGAGGAGGAAGAUGUUGCCAGUAUAAGUUCUGAUGAAGCUGUUUCAAAUGAAGAAGAAGUGGAAUCUGCAGAAGACGAAGCUGAUACUGCUGAUGAAGAGAGUGACGAUAAUUUUCCUAGAAAGAAGAAAUCAAAGAUGAGUAAACAUGACGACGGUUCUGCUGAUUUCUCCAGUGCAGUCAAUGCUAUUCUUUCAUCACAUUUAAAGGCUUACAAUAGGAAAGAUCCUAUUAUGGCAAGAAAUAAGAAAGUGAUAAAGGCCAGUGAAAAUGACAAGUUGGAAGCGCAAGCAAAGAAGGCACUACAGGCUGAAAAGAAGAAGCGUUUAAAUAAAGCAAGAAAAGUUGAUAUUAUCCCUACAGUAUCGGAUGAAACCAAUUCUGGGGAACAAAUUAGAGAAAUCUUAGAGAAGGAAGCCAAAUUGAGAAAAAUCGCGCAGAAGGGUGUAGUAAAAUUGUUCAAUGCCAUACUGUCAACUCAAGUUAAGACUGAAAAGGAAGUCAAUGAGAACUUCCAUGAUAUCAAGAAUCAAAAUGAUAGAAAACAAUUAGUCACUGAAGUUUCCAAAGAAAAGUUCUUAGAUUUGGUGAAAGCUGCUGCUGAAGAUGAAUGA